AUGUAUCGAUUAUCAGCACUCAAUAGAGUGUCGAGUGUCGUUCGACCUACUAUUAGAAGACAUGCCAGCAUUGCGAAUGCAGUAACUCGUUCCUCAUUACUGCGUCCAACCAGCAGCUUGGCCAGUUUCCACACAACAGCAAGAAGCUCAGCUGCCGCACCUCCUGAAUCAACCGACGCCUUUUUACAAGGCAACGCUGCUAAUUAUAUCGAAGAAAUGUACGAAGCCUGGUUGAAGGAUCCUUCUUCGGUACAUUUAUCAUGGCAAGUUUACUUUAAAAACAUGAGCAACGGUGUUCCUCCCGGUCAAGCCUAUACUCCACCCCCGACCAUUGUUCCCUCAGCCAGUGCUCGUUUGCCCGUGUUGCCUGGUGACGGCAUUUUGGGUGGCAAAGCAGGUGGAGCCUCUUCAGAAGUCAUUGAUCACAUGAAGAUCCAAUUGUUAACAAGAGCUUAUCAAGUGAGAGGACAUCAUAUUGCUAAUUUGGAUCCUCUGGGUAUUCAACACGCUGGGCUCAACUCCUCAACACCACCUGAAUUAGAACACACUUACUAUGGAUUUAAGGACAGUGAUUUGGACAGAACUUUCACCAUUGGUCCUGGUAUCUUGCCAGCCUUUGCAAAGAAUGGAGGAACUUUGACUUUACGUGAAAUCAUCUCUCAUCUUAAGAAAAUCUACUGCGGCUCCAUUGGUGUAGAGUAUAUUCAUAUUCCUGAUCGUGCUCAAUGUGAUUGGAUUCGUGAACGUAUCGAAACCCCACAACCUUACAAAUAUUCUGCUGAUGAAAAGCGUGUCAUUUUUGAUCGUUUGACUUGGUCUGACAGUUUUGAAAGAUUCGUUGCUUCUAAAUAUCCUUCAGAAAAGCGUUUUGGUUUAGAAGGUGGUGAAACGUUGAUUCCUGGUAUGAAAGCAAUGAUUGAUCGCUCCGUUGAUUUGGGUGUUGAAUCUAUUGUCAUUGGUAUGCCUCACCGUGGUCGUCUCAAUGUCCUUUCUAAUGUGGUUCGUAAGCCCAAUGAAUCCAUCUUUUGUGAAUUCAGUGGAUCUCUUGAACCUUCCGAAGAAGGUUCCGGUGAUGUCAAAUACCAUCUUGGUAUGAACUAUGUCCGUCCUACUCCUUCUGGUAAGCGUGUCCACCUUUCACUGGUUGCCAAUCCUUCUCAUUUAGAAGCUGUAAACCCUGUUGUUUUGGGUAAGACACAUGCUCUUCAAUUCUAUGGUAAGGAUACCAACGGCGACCAUGCUAUGGCUGUUUUGAUCCAUGGUGAUGCUGCUUUCGCUGGUCAAGGUAUCGUUUACGAAACCAUGGGCUUCCAUGACCUGCCUUCUUAUUCUACUGGCGGUACGAUCCAUGUUGUUGUCAACAACCAAAUUGGUUUCACGACCGAUCCUCGUUAUGGUCGAUCCACACCCUACUGUACGGAUAUUGCCAAGUCCAUCAACGCUCCUAUCUUCCAUGUCAACGGCGAUGAUGCUGAAGCAGUUACUUAUGUGAUGCAGCUCGCCGCUGAAUGGCGUCAAACAUUCCACAAGGAUGUCGUUAUUGAUUUAGUGUGCUACCGUAAGCAUGGCCACAAUGAAACGGAUCAGCCCAUGUUCACUCAACCCCGUAUGUACGAAGCAAUUGCCAAGCAAAAGCCCGUUGCCAAAAUUUAUGAAGAACAACUGAAGAAGGAAGGUUCUCUUACCGACAGCGAAAUCACUGAGAAUAAGAAGCGUGUCUGGGAUAUUUUAGAAGAAAGCUAUGCUCGUAGUAAGAAUUACAAGCCCACCUCGAGUGAAUGGCUAUCGAGCUCAUGGCCUGGUUUCAAAUCACCCAAGGAAUUGGCUGAAGAAAACCUGCCCCACUAUCCCACCGGUCUCCCCUUGGAGACGCUUCAAAAUGUGGGUAAGGCUCUCAAUACCCUCCCCCACAACUUCAACAUUCAUCGUAACUUGAAGCGUAUCCUUCAAAACCGCGAAAAGGCCCUGGUCGAAGGUAAGGACAUUGACUGGUCUACUGCCGAAGCUUUAGCUUGGGGUUCUUUGCUUGUGGAAGGUAGACACGUUCGUGUGUCUGGUCAAGAUGUAGAACGUGGUACUUUCUCCCAACGUCACGCUGUUCUUCACGACCAAAAGGACGGUAGCCGCUAUACCCUUUUGAAUCACAUCAAUCCUGAGCAAGGCGUGCUGUCAAUCUCCAACUCUUCCUUGUCAGAAUAUGGUGUUCUUGGUUUCGAAUUAGGUUACUCUCUCGUCAAUCCUGAAUCUUUGGUGAUGUGGGAAGCUCAAUUUGGUGACUUUGCCAACACGGCCCAAGUGAUCAUUGAUCAAUUUUUAGCUGCUGGCGAACAGAAAUGGCUCCAACGUUCUGGUCUUGUCCUAUCGCUUCCUCAUGGCUACGAUGGCCAAGGACCUGAGCACUCUUCUGCCAGAAUUGAACGUUACCUCCAACUCUGCGAUGAUAACCCAUACAUUUACCCCAGUGAAGAAAAACUGUCCCGCCAACACCAAGACUGCAACAUGCAAGUGGUGUACGCCUCCACACCUUCUCAAUACUUCCAUGUCUUACGUCGCCAAAUCCACCGUCAGUUCCGUAAGCCAUUGAUUCUUCCUUUCUCGAAAUCCUUACUUCGCCACCCGUUAGCUAAAUCCUCUCUUGAGGAAAUGACGGGAGACAGCCACUUCCAAUUGUAUCUUCCUGAAUCACAUCCUGAACAUUUGGUAGCUCCUGAAAAGAUUACCAAGCACAUCUUCUGUUCUGGACAAGUCUACUAUGCUUUAUUGAAAGCGCGCGAACAAAACAAGAUGAAUGAUAUUGCCAUUUCUCGUAUUGAACAACUAAAUCCUUUCCCCUAUGAGCAGAUCAAGGAGCAUGCGGAUAAAUACCCUCAUGCGGAGAUUGUUUGGUGCCAAGAAGAACCCUUGAAUAUGGGUCCAUGGCAACAUGUGCAACCUCGUAUUGCUACUUCUUUGUCUCAAACACAACAUCAUGCUGGUAAAUCACCUCGUUAUGCAGGUCGUCCACCUUCUGCCUCUGUUGCCACUGGUAAUAAGAAGAAGCAUUACCAAGAAGAAUAUGGUCUCUUGAGCGAAGCUUUAACAGGAGAUCAUUUACAACCCAAAGAAAUCGCUCAAGGUGUACCUAUUUGGUGA